AUGAAUCUUCUCCUUGUUGUGUUGUACGCCUCGCGGCUCCUUGUUGCAGCGGCGGCCGAGGCUCCUCCAGCGCUGACGCCUGAAGCGAUCGAGGCAGAUAUUGAAUGGACCGGCCUGAUAAAUGUGCUGGAAAACUUGAGCACAAUCGCCAACGAUCACGGGGGGAAUCGGGCUUUCGGCACGUCCGGCUACCUCGCCUCCUUCAACUAUGUUCUCCAGCGUGUGCAGGAUGGCAUCAGCAAGUACUUUGACACGACGGUCCAGGAGUUUACGCAUACGUACUACCAGUUGAAAAACAUAUCACUCACCGGCCCGACUGGUGACAACACCCCGGUCAUCUCGCCGACGCACAACAUGGCCACGCCGCCCGAAGGAUUAACGGCGCUGCUUAUGAAUAUUCCAGUGGACGAUGAACGCGGCUCGGGAUGUUUUGGAGACCAGUGGAAUGGCACCGAUGCCAGUGGGAAGUUUGUGUUGAUCAAGCAUGGCAAAUGCUACAUUGAUGAGAAGGUGCAGCUUGCCAAGAAUAAUGGUGCCCUUGGUGUUAUCGUAUAUAGCGACAAGGCUGGACAGAUGGUCGGUGAUUAUCUCGAUCGUGACACUGUCGUCAAGCCACUCCCUGUCGGUGUUGUCGGGCUUGAUACCGGGUUGAGAUGGAGCCAGCAGGUAACGGAUGGACAGCAGCUGAACGUAAGCCUGUUUGUCGACACACUCUACGAGCCGAGGAAAUCCUGGAACAUCAUCUCGGAGACCAAAUCGGGCGACUCGAACAAUGUUGUUUUUCUCGGCGCCCACUUGGACAGCGUUCCAGCGGGGCCCGGCAUCAACGACAAUGGUAGCGGUGUUGCGGCCCUUUUAGAAAUGGCCAAGCACUUUUGCAAGUAUACGGGCUUCAAGAACAAGGUUCGAUUCGCCUGGUGGGGAGCGGAAGAGCCUGCGAUCGUCGGUUCUCGUCAUUACGCAUCGAAGCUGAACGAAACCGAGGCGGACCAGAUUCGGCUGUACAUCAAUUUGGAUAUGAUCGGCAGCCCUAGGCCAAACUAUACAGUCGAGGCAAACAACGACGCGGAUAUGGCAGGGGCCGCUCCCCUGGUCGAGCAUCUUCUGAAAAAUGGUUUCCCGGCCAAGAUCGUGAAAUAUGAUGCAAAUUCUUCCGACUAUUCCGGCUUUGUCAAGCUAGGCAUCCCAGCUGCUGGCAUUUACACCGGCGGCCUGCUACCGGUAGACAACCCGCCUGACGCCUGCUACCACAAGGCCUGCGACAACAUCACCAACGUCAACCAGGAGGCCAUCUUGGCCAAUACUAAGGCGGCCGCGUAUGUCACCGCCAAGUUUGCCCUUAGCCUCGAUGGCGUUCCUGCUAGAAACAAGACAAACUCGACAAGCCCGUGA